CAGGACCGAGUGACUUUAGAUCAAAUAAAACAUGUACAUUUAACGCCAUGUUGACAUCUUUAACUUCCACAAAUCAUCUCAAUAUCACCUGGGUGACAACUCGACUUAGCAGUAUCACAACCUCAUCCCAGCCAAAACCACACAAUGUCGACAGCAGAUUCAGCGUCGGCUGAUCCCGACACAAAACCAGAGCCCACCAAGACCGAAAUCGCGUCUUCAUCACCACUCUCCUCGCUUAAAUCUGAUGAUUUUGAGCCGCCAUUCACGCCGGUGCGACCGCGGCGCAACGUCACUGCUCCCAAGCGCUUCGGAACACCAUCCAAUGACGACUCCAAACCAAUCCCGCAACAGCCAAAGAGGAGCACUCCAGCGAAAAAGAAAGCGAAAGUGCCAAAGAAGGCUGAAUGGGAUAUUGAAGGCUUGCUAAAGUGCUCAGGGUCGCCUCUAGCCUCGGCGAAUUUGAGAAGCAUCCUAUGUAACCCCAUGGCAUGGUCGGCUCUGGACCAAGAUGACAAGGCGGAAAUCCUGGCUCUCUUCCCGGACAAGGGCCACAUCCUUGACGCUGGAACGGAAGACGCGCGACCUAACUUUGCGUCGUUGAUGAACGACGACAGCUUCCGCUACGACUGCGCCGCGUACACGGAGAACAUUGCGGAGGGCCGUCACGAUCCGGAGUGGCUUGCGGAGGCGUGGAGUGCGCAUGAGAGGAGGAAGGCGGGUGAUUUCGACCAGUAUCUGAUGGGUAAGCUGGAGGAGGAGUGGGGUGUUGAGAUUCCCGAGGAAAUGAAGAUUCGGAGAGAUUUGCCUGAGAAGAAGGCAAAUGGGAGUGCUAAUGGAGAGACAAAUGGGAGUGCGAAUGGGGAUGCACCGCGAAUGAAGAUUGUGUCUAGGAACAGGGAGGUGCGCGAUAGUAUGGAGAUUGAUGAACUUGCGCUCUAAAGUUUUGGGGGUGUUUAUGGAGCGGAUGGCUGAGCGUUUACGAUACGAUACCAAAGGGAUACAGAAUGCAUAAUUAACUACCUAGUGAAUACCACGUCUUUGAUCGAGUC